UUUCCAACAUUUUUCUAGGCCAAAUUAAGCUUUGAGAGAUCAUAUAUCCUUGCUUUACAGGCUUAGAGCUACCUAGCUAGCUAGGGUUUCAAAUUAAAUGGGGAGGUCUCCAUGCUGCGAAAAGGUGGGUUUGAAAAAGGGACCGUGGACUCCAGAAGAAGACCAAAAGCUCUUGACUUACAUCGAAGAGCAUGGCCAUGGAAGCUGGCGAGCUUUGCCAGCAAAAGCAGGGCUCCAAAGAUGUGGGAAGAGCUGUCGACUGAGGUGGACGAAUUACCUGAGGCCCGAUAUCAAAAGAGGAAAGUUCAGUUUGCAAGAAGAGCAGACCAUCAUUCAGCUCCAUGCUCUUCUCGGAAAUAGGUGGUCAGCUAUAGCAACCCAUCUGCCGAAGAGGACAGACAACGAGAUCAAAAACUACUGGAACACACAUCUCAAGAAGAGACUAACCAAGAUGGGCAUCGACCCGAUGACUCACAAGCCGAAGCACCACGAGGGUCUCAGCUCUGGCAGCGGCCUUGCGAGGGACACUGCCAACAUAAGCCACAUGGCUCAGUGGGAGAGCGCCAGGCUCGAAGCCGAGGCCAGACUGGGCAAGGAAUCCAAGCUUGGCAUCACCAACGCUAACCCUCUCCAACACCACCUCAUGAUCAGCAGCUCCCCCAACCCUGCUCACCAUGUAGUACACGUCAGCAAGGCCCCGCUGGCGCUUCCGUGUCUGGAUGUGCUGAAAGCAUGGCAAGGGGCAUGGUCGUUGACUACAAAGUCAACAAUAAGAGACAACGUUAACAGUAUGGUGUUUUCAGGUGGUUCUCUGACGGCCGUGGACGACCUUGAAUCUCCGACGUCCACGUUGAACUUCCCGCACGUUAAUAACGCGUUUAAUCCUCCUCCCAUGCAAAACAUAAACAAUAUUGUUCCAUGCGAGUCCGGGUUGUUGCAGGACAAUGAUAAUGUUACCUAUGGCUGUACGGAUGUUAGUGCUGCAUGGUUUGCGGACAAUUAUAGGUCAGGUAGUAUUGAUGAGGAGGAGAAUGUGAUUGUGCCAACUGGGCUUUCAAGUAUGAUCAUAGAGGAUUUCACGGAUGUUUUGGUUUACAACUCAGAGGAUCAUCAGCAGAACGCGUCUCUGGGAGGACAUAUCUCCGAAAAUGGCGUCGGCGGCAAUGGAAGCUGCGGCGGUGACGCGUUUGAAGAGAACAGGAGUUACUGGAACAGUUUACUCAAUUUGGUUGAUACUUCAUCGUCUGGAUCGCCUGUGUUUUGACUUUUUAGAGUCUAGGUAAGGUAACUGUUAGGGAUCGGAGGGUUGAUGAUUAGCGACUAAUUUAAUUAAGUGUAAUAAGGAGUUGUUGCCUUUAGUUUUAAGUAACAAGUUGUUUGAUCAACCAGAAGAUAACAAUGUUCUAUUAGUUUGUUUGAUUAUGCAAGAAACAAAAUCAUUUACAAC